AUGAUCCCCCCGGUCCGUGCCAUCCGCCAGGGAUUGGGCGGGGGGCUCCGUCCUGGCCGUGCCUCGGGGUCCGUUGGGUGGGGAUGUCACCGCGGGGGUGGCCGCUCCCUGACGCUGUCCCUGUCCCCGUCCUGUCCCCCCAGGCUGGCGCUCUACGUCUACGAGUACCUGCUGCACGUGGGGGCCCAGAAAUCCGCCCAGACCUUCUUGUCGGAGAUCCGAUGGGAGAAGAACAUCACGCUGGGGGAGCCCCCCGGCUUCCUGCACUCCUGGUGGUGCGUUUUCUGGGAUCUGUACUGCGCCGCCCCGGACCGCCGGGAGACCUGCGAGCAUUCCAGCGAGGCCAAAGCCUUCCAUGACUACAGCGCGGCGGCAGCGCCCAGCCCGGUGAUGGGGAACCUGCCCCCCGGGGAUGGCAUGGGCGGGGGUCCCGUGCCCCCCGCCUUCUUCCAGCCCCCCGUGGGUGUUCCUGGCUCCCAGCCGCUGCUGCCCAACGCCAUGGACCCGGCUGCACGGUCACAGGGGCAUCCUGGCAUGGGGGGCCCGAUGCAGCGCAUGAACCCCCCCCGAGGCAUGGCCGGGAUGGGGCCGCAGAGCUACGGCAGCGGGAUGCGCCCCCCCCCCAGCUCCCUGGCCGGCCCUGGAAUGCCCACCAUGAACAUGGGUCCCGGUGGCCGCGGGCCCUGGCCCAACCCUAACGCCAACUCUAUCGCCUACUCCUCCUCAUCCCCUGGGAAUUACGUGGGCCCUCCUGGGGGCGGUGGCCCCCCCGGCACCCCCAUCCUGCCCAGCCCCGGAGACUCCACCAACUCCAGCGAGAACAUGUACACCAUGAUGAACCCCAUCGGCCCCGCGGGGAGCCGGCCCAGCUUCCCCAUGGGGCCCGGAGCAGAGGGGCCCAUGGGCGGGAUGAGCGCCAUGGAGCCGCACCACAUGAACGGAUCCUUAGGCUCCGGGGACAUGGAUGGGCUGCCAAAGGUGAGCUGGGGACCCUGGGACCCCCACGGUGCUGGCACCCAUUGAUUGGGGUCCCCAUGUCCUGGCACCUCCUUUAGUGGGGAUCUCCAAUGCACUGGGACCCCCCCAUGCACUGGGACCCCCCCCAUUUCCUGGGACCCCCAGUAAAUGCACUGGGAGCCCCCCACACGGAUUGGGAUCCCAUUUUUUGGGACUCCCCCAUAUUCUGGGACCGCCCCGUUUACUGGGAGCCCAUUUAUUGCCCCCCACCAUGUACUGGGACCCCAUUUACUGGGGCUCCUUCAUUUACUGGGACCACCCCAUUCACUGGGA